CUAAUAGGGAGCCUCCUGGCUGCAGAAGGCCCCGCCCUGGAACAGGGUCAAGGAGGUGUGGUCACACUGCCGGCGGAAGUAGACCCCUCCGCGAGGGUGCAGGGCCGCCCGGGACGGGCGAAAAAGCUGGAUUGUAGGACCGGGCCGAGCUAGCGAUGGGUACGCGGGCGGACAGCGCAGAGCUGCGCGCGGACCCGCGAGGCAACGAGGACGCGGCGCAGCGGCGGCAGGGACAGAAGGCGCCACACGGCCGGGAGGCGCGAGCAGAGAGCAUCAUGGCAGAGCAGGUGGCCCUGAGCCGGACCCAGGUGUGCGGGAUCCUGCGGGAAGAGCUGUACCAGGGCAAUGCCUUCCAUCGAUCUGACACACAUAUCUUCAUCAUCAUGGGUGCAUCGGGCGACCUGGCCAAGAAGAAGAUCUACCCCACCGUCUGGUGGCUGUUCCGCGAUGGUCUUCUGCCCGAAGACACCUUCAUCGUGGGCUACGCCCGCUCCCGUCUCACAGUGGCCGACAUCCGCAAGCAGAGCGAGCCCUUCUUCAAAGCCACACCGGAGGAGAAGGCCAAGCUGGAGGAGUUCUUCGCCCGCAACUCAUAUGUGGCUGGCCAGUACGACGACGUGGCGUCCUACAGGCGCCUCAACAGCCACGUGAAUGGCCUUCACCAGGGGCCGCAGACCAACCGCCUCUUUUACCUGGCCUUGCCGCCCACGGUCUAUGAGGCGGUCACCAAGCACAUCCAUGAGACCUGCAUGAGCCAGACAGGCUGGAACCGUGUCAUUGUGGAGAAGCCCUUCGGGAGGGACCUACAGAGCUCUGACCGGCUAUCCAACCACAUCUCGUCCUUAUUCCGUGAGGACCAGAUCUACCGCAUCGACCACUACCUGGGCAAGGAGAUGGUGCAGAACCUGAUGGUGCUGAGAUUCGCCAACAGGAUCUUUGGUCCCAUCUGGAACCGGGACAACAUCGCCUGUGUCAUCCUCACUUUCAAGGAGCCCUUUGGCACCGAGGGCCGUGGAGGCUACUUCGAUGAAUUUGGGAUCAUCCGGGAUGUGAUGCAGAACCACCUCCUGCAGAUGCUGUGUCUAGUGGCCAUGGAGAAGCCCGCCUCCACUGACUCGGACGAUGUCCGCGACGAGAAGGUCAAGGUGUUAAAGUGCAUCUCCGAGGUGCAGUCAGAGAACGUGGUCCUGGGCCAGUACGUGGGCAACCCCAGCGGAGAGGGCGAGGCCACCAAAGGGUACCUGGAUGACCCCACGGUGCCCCGCGGCUCCAUUACUGCCACCUUUGCGGCCGUUGUCCUCUACGUGGAGAACGAGAGGUGGGAAGGGGUGCCCUUCGUCCUGCGCUGCGGCAAAGCCUUGAACGAGCGCAAGGCCGAGGUGCGUCUGCAGUUCCGCGACGUGUCCGGAGACAUCUUCCAGCAGCAGUGCAAGCGCAACGAGCUCGUGAUCCGCGUGCAGCCCAACGAGGCCGUGUACACCAAGAUGAUGACCAAGAAGCCUGGCAUGUUCUUCAACCCUGAGGAGUCCGAGCUGGACCUGACCUACGGCAACAGAUACAAGAACGUGAAGCUCCCCGACGCCUAUGAGCGCCUUAUCCUGGACGUCUUCUGUGGGAACCAGAUGCACUUCGUGCGCAGUGACGAGCUCCGGGAGGCCUGGCGGAUCUUCACGCCGCUGCUGCACGAGAUCGAGCGCGAAAAGCCCCAGCCCAUCCCCUAUGUUUAUGGCAGCCGAGGCCCCGCGGAGGCAGACGAGCUGAUGAAGAGAGUGGGCUUCCAGUACGAGGGCACCUACAAUCCUGACGCCAGAAGUCUGAAACCCACGUGUUGGCAGGGCUGCACUCCCUCCGAAGACUCUAGGGGACGACCUUGCCUCUUCCGCGUGCAGGUGGUCGCCAACAUCCUUGGCCUUCCGUGGCUUGUACACACAUUACCCCUGUGUCUGUCUGUGUCUCCACACGCCGCCUGGUGUCUGUGCAUGUACGGCUCCUGCUUUCCCUCCUGAGGACACCAGUCUUGUUGCAUGCAUUCAGGGUGCGCUCGGCUCCAGCACGGCGUCAGCCUGGCUUCCCUUGGUUAUCUCUGUAAGCGCUCUGUUUCCAAACAAGGCCAUGUGCCAAGGAUCCAGGUGGACACAGAUCAGGGGGACCGCUGUUCAUCCCAGUACACUCCCAACAAAGGCAGCAGCCCCCAGUCUUUUCUGCCACCUCCCCCAGCUCCGCUCGGCUGAGCCACAGGGACACGGCAGGAAGCGACACUGCAGUCCCUGCACUCGUGGCCUGGGUUCCACUAGAUGCAACCAACCAGAAACAGAAGGACACCACGAUCAGGUGCUGGUACAUUUUGCGGCGGGAACAAGGGGCCCAGAAAGACACCAGGGGAGGAAGGUUCCACUCCCAGGGAGGUGAACACGUACCCCGGGGCCUUGCGGCUGGCCUGCUCCCUGUUCCGGGAGGGAGAAGGCCCUCAGGCUGUUGAGGGCAUUCAGCUGUGACCCCUCCCUCCAGCUUAACCCGUGCCCCACUUAGGAGGCAAUCAGUUGCCCAGAGGUUUUCGCUCCAACCGUCUAGGCCCAUUCCUGCCUGCCACCGAGGAGAAGCAGCCAGCCUUAGCUCCUGCAUAGCCCCCUCGCCCGGAGCUGGGAUGGUAGUAGCUGGGAGCCUGGGUAGGGAGAGGCCAAUGGAGUGCAGUGUGGCAGGCAGAUUGCUGACUGCGGGGGGAUAAACCAAGGCUCCCACCCACGACUCUGCAACAGCAGUACAGAGAUGAAGAAACUCCAAUGGUGGGCUGAUCUGUUCCCCCCACAUAUGCUAGGGUAGUAGGUCACCCCUGGACACAUGACCUGCACCCUAGGGUGCCAUCUCCACCCUCCCACCCCCUCCUGAAGCCAGGGAAAGUGACACACCUCCGAUUAAGGAAGGGGGGAGGUCACCGAGCUCACUGGAAUAGGGAUAGGAUACAGAUCACAGAGCCUUGAGUGCCAGCUGGGUGGGAACUGGACCUCAAAACCUCUCCUGCCCCAGGUCCAUGCAGAGAAGCUGAAGACUCCAUGUGGACAGGAUUGUAGGCCAGGCUUCAGCCAGAGGGCAGUGGCGUUCACCCUUAUUUCUAGUGCCUGUGGCCUCCUGGAGAGGGGGCAGUGGCAAAGGCUUCCCCAGGAGUCAGUGGGGGCCAGCCUGGGAACUCACAGGCUCUCCUGGAACACUUUGGCUCCCACGUGGCUACAGAGAGUCUUUGUCCUUGGCUGUGGUGCAGCCACAGUGAUGGGAGGAUGAGCUGAAAUGACAGGAGAGGGCCGGGCCCCGGGAUGGUGGCCCGGAAUGGGGCAGAAUGGGUCCCUCCCUGAAGAUACGGCCAUGCCUUCCCCCUGCUUCCCCCCAGGGGGUGCUGCCCUGCCUACUCCAGGGGAAGAGCCAUCUAAGUCUGCUGCUGCUGCCCUGGCCCAUCCUGCAAACCUCAAAUCCUCAAAAUACGGAUAUGAGGAUAAUUUCAAGCCCUUGGUGAUGGGGAGGAGUCAAGUAACUGAGGGUGCGGGAGUCCUUCCUGACCCCUCAGGGAUCUUCAAGUUCAGAGUCCUUCGCAGUGCCACACAGGCAUUCAUAGACUGAGGAACCCAGCAGAGCUGGAUUCUGUCGACAGUCCUCCUGGGUCCCCAGGUCCCCUGGGGACCGUGCUGGCAUGGCAUGACCAGGGAGGGUGCUCCUGGGGGGAUCCACACAGGGGCAGCAGCAGGAGGCCAAAGUAGAAGAGGGACACAGCUCCAGGGCCAACAGCACAUGAUGACCAUGUGUGAGCACAGAGGGAGGAGUGUUGGGGCAUCCCAAUCUCAUCGUGUUCUGAGUGUCUCUCCUGCGACAGGCACAUGGGCCCAGGUGACGACAGUCAGCUGACAUUUCAGAUGUAGGUGCUACACUGGGGCAGACAUAAGGGCCCUGCUGGUGACAUUCAACUGUCACCUGACCUCUGGGUGCCUCUGUGGAACAAAGCGGUGAGGGCCCUGAUGAGGACAGUCGACUGUCCUCUCAGCCCUAGGAGCCUGCAGUGGGGAUGAGGCAUGAGAUCCCGGGUAAGGACAUUAAGCUGUCACUUUCACUCUGGGUAGCAACAUUGGUGCUGGGGUAUAAGUGCUUUCAACUGGCGCUGAAUGUCUACACUGGGACAGGAUGGGAGCACCUGUGUGAGGCCGACCAACAGUCCUGAGCUCUGGGGCCCUAAGUCCUGGGUCCGAGUUCCAACAUUCAACUACCAUUUAAGUUGAUCGUACUCUAGGGCAAGGCUUGGAGGUCAGGUGUGGAGAGCCCCCUUUCAGCUCUUCGUGCCUAUGCUCGGGUGAGGGGCAGGUGUGGGCACUGAGCGGUUACCUCAGGUCUGGGUCCCUACCCUGAGGCAGAACGUGAGAACCCAACACGAUCCACAAGUAGCACGUCCGAAAUGAGAGCUACAUAGGCAGGGACGUGAACCCCGCCGGAAGGCACGCCAGUGCCUCCUCAGUGCUGUGGCCCCAGGUGACAACAGCAUUCGAACGAAAGCCCAUGUCUGUAUCCUGUGCUGGAAAGGAGAAUGAGGGACCGUUGAGGUCAUUCAAGUGUCACUUUAGCUGUGGGUUAUUAAACACAGAGGUCUGAAGGACUGGGUGGCGGGAAGCCAAUUGUCCCUUCAGCUCUGGAGUCCCGCACUGUGGCAGAGGUGAGGGCAUUCGACUGCCACCUGAGAUCCGGUUGCCCAAUCUAGAGGCCACAAGGCCCGGGUGAGGGGGGUCUACUGUGGGGUAGAAACCCGCAGGUUGGGAGGCGGACCGUUGACUGACAGCUCCGUGGCCAGUUUCUACGCUGCAAGAAGCAGAGGAGAGAUCAGUUGAGGAUAUCAGCCGGCACGUCCACUCCAGAUUGCCUACGCUGAGGCAGAGGCAAGGGGAUCCAAGGAACAACAGUCAAC